GGCUAGCUCAAAUUUGGAGUUCACGCUACCGUCAUACGCGUGCUUUGGCACAGCCGGUGACCCCUGGGUCACCUGCCAAAGCCAGUGUGCCUCCAAACUGCCGCGCCGGGCAUUGCCGGAGUUCGUUUCCUACGUUCUUAUCACAUACAACGCCUGAAUGGAGUAUACUUGAGCAUGCUGUACGAGGCUUGGCGCCAUCUUGACCUCGUCAGCAGAGGGACAGGCCGCCCGACAACAGAAGCUUCCGUUCACGGUGCCGAAAGCAAGUCACACCCUAAGAGCUAGUAGUUCCCAUCACUUUCACCUUCAACUUGUAGUAAUUACCACAAUAUAGCAGCUAUUCUAGCGCGAUAAACAAGACUACUGGGCAUGCAUAUCUUCAUGGCAAACGAGGGGUUCGAGGCACCUCGCCCCGCACAAAUACCCACGCCCUCUGCUCGUCCUCGCCAGCUCAGCAGCAGCAGCGGCCAGCCAGCGGCCGACCGACAACAGCAUCUUUCCAGCAACGAGCCAGCCGCUGAGGUGCCGGAGCUGUCGCACGGCUACAUCUCAGACAAGCUAGCGCUGCUAUUACGCGCGCUGAGGCAAGUGGGCCGCUGGCUCUUCGUCAAAGAGCAACCCGUCGGGGCCGCAACUAGCAGUCCAAAGAUGACCUUUUCGGAACGUCCUCUGGAGCCAGCAACAGCCGGCGCCAAGGCAGCCCCAUCGAGCCCCCUCCCGGAGCACCAGUCAGCACCCGAGGCCCCCGAGCCCGCCGGCCCCCUAGGCAGCCUGGCCGCCCAAGUCCACCACCACGAGCCGGCGGAGCGGCUGCACACGCCGCUGUCCACCACCGCCAAGCUGCGAAACGCUGUGGUCAGUACCGUGGAGCAUGCGCUAGACGAGGCGGCUGCCGUACAAUCCAGUCUGGGCGGCGCCCUGGCGGAGGAGCUGUCCAAGUUCCGUCAUGAGGGGCACGAGGCGCAGCUGCACCCCCACCACCUCCCACCCGCCGCUGCUGCUGCUGCUGCUGCUGCGGGGGGGCCGCCUGGCGGCAGCAGCAGCAGCGCGGGUUCCACUCCCGGUGGAAUGGCGCUGGGGGGACCGCAGCAGUAGAGGUAGUAGGGGAUUGGAAGAGAUCCGAACAACGGCUUGUGAUGGUGGAAGAUGCGAAGAAGAG